GCUUCAACACAAGGCACUAUGCAUCACGACCCGAAGUACGGUAAGGCUCUGUACCGUGCAGGCCGUGCUGCGUAUGAACUCUCGGACUAUGCUUUCGCUCUUAAGAUGUUCCAAAGACUAGUUGACGCUUUUCCGUCCGAUCAAGAUGGUCCCAAGGAAAUCAAGCGCACUAGACUGCGCAUGCAAGAAGCACAAAACGGCGUCUUCGAAUUUGAGGCUAUGGCUCAGGAGAUUGCAGACACAGCAGAUUAUCGCACUCAGCAGGCUAGCUACCUCCGCCGUAUUGAUGUACGCCCCAAAGGCUUGUUUGCUACGGAGAACAUUGCCGCUGGAGAGAUAAUUCUCUGUGAAAAGGCCUUCGUUGCUUCUAACACACCGAAGAACACGCCGGCUCUGAGUGUGAUGAUCAAUCCUACCAAUAACCGCGCACUGCAUGGUAGUCAUGUCGCCAUCUGGGUUGAAGCUGUACGCAAGGCUUUCCACAACCCAUCUUUGGGGGAGCACAUUCUAAACUUACACGACGGCUCGCCCGCCAAUCCUGCGACCGAGCCGAUUCCCCUCGUCGUUGACGGUAUGCCGGUCGUUGAUGUCUUUCGCAUGCAAAACAUCAUAGAGCACGCUGCCUUCGGGUUCACCGCGGACGAGAGCAGAAUCCGUAAGGACGUGCAAAAGGCUUUCAAGGUCGACUCGUCUGGUGUCUGGCCAGUUGCAGCUCGCAUGAAUCACUCUUGUUUAUUCAAUGCGAGCCGUGGCUUUGUUGGUGAUUUCAUCAUUGUUCGCGCGAGCAAGGACAUUCUUCAAAAUGAAGAGGUUACUGUCAUGUUUUGUCCUGCUGACGGCAACUUUGAACAGCUCCAACAAAACCUUGAGGGAUGGGGUAUAUGUUGUGAUUGUCGACUAUGCAAAGCAGAGAUCGAUUUUUUGAAGGGCGCAGAGAGCCGCGCAAGCGUCAUGUACGAGGUCACCCAGUUCCUGAAGGCACAACCUCUCCUGAAGGUCGCCCGCAUGCUUGUUGACGGCGAAAUCCCUUCUGACCUCGUCAAAGAGGCUAAGAGGCUCGAGAAGGCCUUACAGAAGACUUAUCCUCUAAAGCUAUUCGCUACCUGCGUGCCAAACACGAACAAGAUUAUCGAGCUCCUUCCGACAUUUGGCAUGGCCAACGUCCACGAGUGGCUGAUGUUUGCGCACUACCGCCAACCUCCGCGCGCACUCGACUACGCUCACUUCGUGUUGAUGGAUCAUGGAUACAAGGUGACCAUCCAGUCUUCUGGCAUCUCUCUCGACCGAACCAAUUGCGUUUUGAGUAUGACUGCUGUCAAGGCAAUGCAAUACAUCGAGCAUUUUUAUACCCAGGCAAACGUUAAGGAGGUCGCCAAAUCCGCCAGAGCUUUGGCUGAAGAGAUGCAUGUUACCUAUAAUGGUAGCAUGAUCGGAUACCAGGGUUGGUCAUAAGGAGCAUGUUGGGGUUGGACGGGGAACAGAUCCGUAAAUGUAGCUGUAGAAAUGCAAGAUUUCUGCCCUGUCAAGGGUGUCCUCCAUUGAAAGCGUGACAGUCAGCCUCUCUCUGCGGACGGGUGUUCCGAUGUCAAAAACAUUGUGCAUCGUUACAACUUGGAAUCACCUAGGCCUAGGCGUGGUCGCUGGAGCUUCGUAUAAGCUCCACUCUUGGUCGGCUGUUAUGGAGCAGCAAAGGAAGACGCCACUGCUUCCGUCAAAGACACUGUCUGCACCGGCCUGCACCGCAUUACGGCCAUCUACCCUGCCGGUUGUGCUGCUUACGUUCUCUCCGACUAUGAGGGCGCAAAUGGGCUAUAUCAAAUGCUUCUCAAAGUCUCACCGUCAGACGAUAACGAAGCAAGGCAACUGAGAUGCGUAUCAAGGAAGCUGAAAAGGGAAUCUACGACUUCGUC